AUAUUUGUUAAUUGCCAUUUCAUUAUACAAACAAUACGGCUAAAAAUGUAUUUCGAAAUAGUGUUGUGCAUCGGAUUGAUAGGUACGGGCCUAUCAGUGCCGUGGGAGGCGGCGGCCAAAGGGGGCAAUUGGCCGGAAACUCACCAGCGGUUAAUCAACCAAACGGUUCAACACCGGACAGACAUUCAGCUCAUAUUCCUGGGCGACUCGAUAACCGCCCGCUGGGCUAAUGUGGGUCGGGAUGUGUGGGCACAACACUACGCCUCCAGACAUGCCUACAAUUACGGCAUAGAAGGCGACCGAACGGAGAAUGUCUUAUACAGAAUCGAAGACAAAGAGUUUGAUUCAAUCAACCCUAAGGUUUUGGUCAUGAAAAUUGGUACAAAUAAUUUGGGCGACUGUACGGCACCGGAGAUAUCCAUCGGAAUCUAUGAGAUAAUCCGUCACUUGAGGGCCAAACUUCCCAACACUAAACUCCUACUUCUGGGAGUACUUCCCAGAGACGGCAACUUUGGUCUCAAAGUGGAAGAAAUCAAUAAAAUAAUCGCCAAAUUUGACGACAAGAAACACGUCUUCUUCCUCGAUAUGUCCAAACACUUCUCCACAGCGCCCGGCAAAGAGAUCCCAGACCUGUAUGACCAUGAUAAAGUACAUCUAGUGCUCAAAGGCUAUCAAGUCUGGCAACAGGCUAUGGAACCGCUCCUCAAGAGUUUAUUGGGCGAGAAAUAA